CUGAUAUAUUCAAAACGAGAUUUGACCUCCACAGUGCUACAAACUGUGAGGAAAUAAUAUAUGUCGAUGGACCUCCUAUCCUUAUUAGUGAAGACAGAAACAUUUGCUCAUCGAAUUUUUAGCGUUUCUCUACUUUGUCAUAAAUUGAAAUACUGCGUUACAAUUCGACGUCAUGAUAUCUAUGCAGGACGUAAGAGUAUGGGCUGAAAAACACAAUCUGUACAUGGAUUUUGUGGGUCAGAAAAACGCUGAGAGAUGUAUGAACCUAAUGAUUAUUACAUUUCUGGUCAUAGCACUUCCAGUUGGAUAUUACAAACAACAGUUGUCUGACAGCGUUUUAAUACUAUUAUUCGGCUGUAUACUCACGGCUCUUGCUGUACUACCACCAUGGCCAUGUUACCAUAAAAAUCCAAUUGACUGGUAUCAUGAAGAAACUAAAAGCAACAAAAAAACAGACUGAUUUUCCAUCUAUAUCUUCCAAUUCCUCUGUUAUUUUACUUCUUUAUAAGUAACUAAUAAAUUUGAUUUCUUUUGAGAUCAACGAUGGUUAUGACUCCUACUAUGAUGGAUUGUAUUAUAGUAAUACAUAUACAUGAACUUAGAACUGGG